AUGGCGGCCGAUGCAUCAUCCCAGAAUCUCCUUUGGGAAGUCUUUGGAACAAACAUCUAUCGAACAUUUUGCUUCACCAACUUGUCCCUUGUAGAGUCCUUUUUUCAGGAAUUCACAAGUCAGAUUCCUAAACAAGAUUCUCAGUACCAGGUGGCUUUUGUCAAGGAAACAGUUUCGUUCUUAUCGCUCAUCUCCCAAGUGCAGAAUGAAACUUCUCUAUGGCGCAUCCUCCUGAUGGCCCCAGAUAUCACUCAAGGUGUCAGUGCUAUGAAGGAUAUGAUUGCUGCCCUUCAGAACACAAGCAGAAAAAUAUUACCUCCAGAUUUUGCUGGUGAAGACUUCAAAAUGCGUAAUCUCUCAAAGGAUUUAGAAACCAUUAAGAAGUCUCUACAUCUUUUUGAAGUUUUACCAGAGAAAUUUAGCAUUGCUGAACUGAACAACCUGUUCAAGCGAUAUGAGAAUAACAGUAGAGUGAACUUGACUGAUAUCCUUCAGUGGCAAAUGGAGGCUGACAGAGACAGUAAAUUAAGAGGUGCACUUAAUAGGAGAGAAAUCAACCAAAUCAACAACUUCACAUCUCUCCUGCUUCAAAAUGACUUUAAUAGGCUGCACUUGCUUGAUAUAAUGGCUCACUUGAAAGAAAGUAAAAAUGUUCCCAAGUUUAGAAACAUUUGGAAUCAAACAUUUUUAAAUAAGACUAAUAUUAUGGUCACAAAGAUAUGGCAAACCAUUAAAACGAUAAAUUCUCACAAAUUAUCUUAUAUGCCUGAAAACCUUAGAAGGUACUUAGCAUCAGUCCAAGAUGUGCCAUCAUUGUUUUCAGAUUUUCUGUUUAAACCUACAACUAUUUACAACUUUCCUGAGAAGUUCUUGACACUCCAGAAAAUCUUAAAUAUGGUAGCAAAUGUUAAGAAAAGUCAUAAUUACUUAUUGCUAUCCUUCAUUAUUGACAAGAUGCAGGACAUUCAAAAUUUCGUUGGUGAAUCUCAUUGGAAUGAAUUCAAUCAUUAUUGGCGUAUUACAGAAAAACUGAGGUCUGCAAAAUGGAGUGAUACAGAUAUCGUUGCCUAUGGGCAGGUUUUGGACAUAUUGCACAACAAUCUUCAUGUUCACCACAAUGGCUCUGGCCUUCCUUUGAAAAAGGAGCUUGGGCAGCUGACCAAAUUUGUGAACCAUUUAAUGAAAGAAUACAGUGAGGAGAACACCAGUGGGGCAAAUGUCUCAAUGUUUUUAGAUGCUGCUCUGAAAACUCUAGAUGUGCUAGAAGACUUGGAGGAAAGGUACAUCCAUGAAUUAAUUCCUGUUAAUCCACUAAAGGAUGCCAGCAAUGAAACUGUCCAGAGAUUGUUCCAGAUAUUCAAGGAAGGGGUAGAUAUACUUUCUGAUCCUAGGCUGACAGAAUCAUCUAGUAUAAAAAAAUUGGAUACCCUCUUCAGUUUUUCACGCAUGUUACUUUUGCAGAAGUUGUAUAGGACUUCAGCACAGCAUGAUUCUUCAGGAGAAGCAAAAGUACAGGAUCUUUUGUAUUUAACAUUGAUCCCUUUUCUAAGGGAAGACAAUCAGGUUAAUGAAAGACUGCAGAACUGUACUGUCAAGGAUGUUCAUCACAUUGUUCUUGAAGUGCUGUUGAAUAAUGCCACCCUACUGGAUGCCUUAAGAGGAAGUAGCUGCCAUUUCCUCUUUACCUCCACAGACUUGGAAAACCAAACAGCCCACCAUCUUACAUUUACUGAGCAGUUUCAGCUUGUGAUAAGAAAUUUAAAAUUGAUGCCAACUUUUCAAACUCUCCACAAAGACAAAUGGAAAUACUUUUCAGGUGAAUUUCAGUGCUUCAUCAACUCAUUACAAGUUUCGUCAGAGUUUCUCUCCAAACUGAACUAUUUCCAUAGCUACAAGAAUCCCUGGAUACAAAAGAUGCAUAGACGUCUAACAGCCAUCUCUAAUGAAUUCCACCAAAGUAAUCUGACCUGCCAAGCACCGUGGCCCGGGCUUAUGGACAUUAUAAAUGGACCUUCUGCUUUGCACAUUUUAAGCCCUUUUAUUCUGAAUGAAACAGAACCUCGUGCACAAAAUUUAUCUGGCAGUGUACCACAAGCCCUUGCAUCUUUUAUUUUGUUACAAAAUGAGCCCUAUAAGAAUGCCAUUGUAUCAAAGAUAUUAAAAGUGAGCAAAAAUGAUGCAAGUCAAUCAAAAUGGAAGAACUUAUCAAAGGUAUUGAGUGAAGUUGCAAAUAUGUUGAGCUCCAAUCAGAAUGUGACAAAUGCAAACCAGUAUGUUCGACUGUUGGGCAUGACCAGGAAAGCUCUACUUCUCGUUGGCGCAGGACUGGCGCCUAAUAAAACAGAAACUCAUCUGCCCCUUGAGACCUUAAGUUGGCAGAUGAAAGCUUCCUAUUUAGAAGACAUGCUUGCUUCAUUAAAAUUAUUCCUAAGUGAAACCUCUGACAUAGAUUUCAAAGCUCAUUUAGAAAUACUUUUUAAUAAUUCGUCUACACCUGUUGAUGUUCUUGCUCAAAGCCUUUUUUAUAUGAACCCUCACUGGAAAGAAACCAAGAAGGCAUCAAACUUAAGUAGAAUGACUUGGAAUCAGCUGUUUUUAAAUGAGACCAAGUUUAAAUUAGCAACAAUAUGGGAAGAUAUCAAAAAGGUGAUCUCUAUGGCAAAUCCACUGUUUCCUGAGGAUGUGAAGCUGGACUUUGAUGCAACACAGGAAGCUCCUUUGCAGUUUUCAGAUCUUCUGCUUAGAUCUAAAAGCAGAAAAAACAUUUUGGAGUACUUCUUAGCACUUUUGAAUAAGUAUCGUUUUACAGCAAACAUGAGCAUGAGCCACAAUGCCCCCUUAAUGGCGUACCUUCCAAGAAUAAUGCAAAAAAUCCAAAACACCACAAAUUUAUACACACAGGAUAAUGGUUCUGAUACUCUUUUCAGUGCAGAACUGGAGGAACUGACUAGACACUUAUCCCACAUUACACAGAAGUAUACUGAGGAAGACUCACAAAGCAGCAACAUCUCAGAAGUAAUCUAUGUGGUCCUCAGGAAUCUGUUGUUACAGAAAACUUUUGAACACCAAUUUAACACCAGCCAAUUAGAAGCAACCCCUCAGUUGGUCUAUGAUAGCAAUAAAGUCCUCCAAAGGGUAUAUGACAUACUGAGGCAAGGGAGAAUAAUGCUUUCUGACAGCAGAUUGGAAGAAGAAACUGCUAAAGAAAAAAUUGCUGCACUGUAUGGUUUCUCACACUUUAUCUUUCAAAAAGAAUUUAAUGAGUCUUUGUUAAGGAUUAGUACUUUAGCGGAAGCAAAGAUAAUAGAUGUCUUGCAUUUAUCUCUGAGUCUUUUCUUAGAUAUUGGGAACCAUGGAGCUGGAGGGCCACAUAACUGCAGUGUCCAAGAUGUAAUUCACGUAAUACUUCAGAUGUUGUUUAAGAAUGCCACUAUCCCUGAGUUCUUGAAACAAAGUCAUUGCAAACUACCUUUUACUUCCAGGGACUUUGAAAACAGAACAAUGCCCAAUCAAACAUUUACUGAAUUGUUCCAGGACUCAAUAAGCAACUUAAAGCAGACUCCAGAAUUAGCAAGACUUUACAAAAACAAUAGUGAAUUUUUGUCAAGUGCAUUGCUAUGCAUCAUCAAAUCACUACAGUUUUCUUCAAGCCUGCUUUCAAAAAUGGACACCCUCUUCCAUUUUAAACAUCCAUGGAUAAGGGACAUUCAUAAAACUCUAGCAAUAAUCUCUAAUGAGCUGCCCCCAAAUGAUUCAACUUGCCCAAUCCCUGUUCUUAGUGAUACAAAUAAUACAGUCAACUAUGAUCCUUUGAAUCUUGUCCCGCUUUUCUUUGCCAAUGAAGCAGAAUUUUAUUCACAAAAUCUCACAGACAGCUUAGCUGAUGGGAAUAAUUUGUCAGUGUUUUUCAAGCUAUUGCAGGAUAGCCUUUCUUCAAAUGCUGCCAUAAAUGAAGUGCUUCAGAUUGCCAGAGAAGCUAUCCACAGCCAAUCUGGAUGGAAGACGUUUUCUCAUAUCUGGAACAUGUUUCUCAAGUGGAACAUUACAGAAGUUGAGUAUGUGAAGCGUGGCUUGAAACUAGUGGAAAGAGUUCUAGUUGACAAUGAAGUACCUGAUGCCAGUGUUUUUAAAAAUGUUACAUUUUUGAAUUUACUGAAGGAGCUAAAAGCAGACGUGAAUCUACAUUUUCUUCAAGACAGAACCAAUCUGGAAUAUCAGCUUGACCAUGUUGCACACCCUUCUGUCAUGACCACUGAAAUGCUUCUAAACAGAAUACUGCUUCAGAAUGAACUGGUGCAAACACUGCCUCCAAGCAGUUUGAUUGGACGGUUUCUGUUUUCGGAAUUUGAAAAUGUCUUCUUACACAUGUCCCCCAAUAAUGUCUUCAGAUCGUACUUGAUUUGUGUAUUGAAUGUCUCUGAAAGGCUGGAAAGUGAAUUUUCAGGAAAUGCUGACCUUCCUCCAGGCAUAGCACAGCUGAAAAAGGUUAUUCUCACUCCCCGUGAUACCGACAAGAAAGAUUUAUCAGUUCCAGAGAUCCUGAUGCUAAGACUAACUCACCUCCAAAACUUGACAUCCCUCCUUUGUGACCCCGAGAGCAUCCGGUCAUUGCAGCAAACCUGCCAACUCCCUGGUGUUGGCUUUGCAGAGUUGUGUGAUCAAAGUGAGUUCCACAAGAAGCUUCUUCGUGGGAUAGAACUAAGUGAUCGGAUUGUGACCAAUUUUAUGAACCAUAGCAGGGUGUCUAGAGAAUUUCGAGACAUAGUCAUAGGGGAUCCCGAGAAACUCCAGCAGCAAAUAAACAGGUUACAAGAAAAUGUGCCACAACUUAAAUAUAUCCGUGACAUCCCACAGUAUAUGGCAUCUUUGGAUUCUAUAAUGAACAUCACUCAGAAUACAGUACACUCCAGGAAGCAAGACAUGCUAAUAGACCUUUUCAGAAACGUUGACCUCCUCAAAAAUGAUCUCAGAAAUGUGGUAGGAAUGUCGGCAGAAAGUAUCAAUGCUUUGAUGGAAAUGCCUCUUCCAGAAAACAGAACACAGCUGAUUUUCUGGAUACUCCAGCUGGAGUCCUGUGAUACUAAUGCAGCUGGUGCUGAGCUGGGAGUCGUAGCAAAGCAGUUCUGCAACCUGCCGCUCUCAGAAAGGGUCCACAAGUCUUACGUUUUAGGGGUCACACUACUGCAUUACCUGGAUGUCUACAGUUUCAUGUACAAGGUGCUUUUCCCAAUGGAACUUCAAACUUCUUUGGAUAAAGUGCUGGCUCUUCUCAAGGAUUUGGAUCACAUCAAGGAACAGGUUGUAUCAGACGUCCGUCCACUCUUAGAUGCAAUUCAUUCACUUAAAAAACUACGUCAGUCAAGAAAUGUACCACUGUCCAAGGCAUUGUCUCAGGCGAACAACUUAACAAUGAACAGAGGGACAUUUAAAAUCAUUUCGAAAGCUCUCUGCAAUGAGGAAAUCACUCCUUUGUUCUUUGAGUCUCUGCUCCCAGAUUUUGAAGAGCAGAAUGUCCACCAUUCUUCUGUACAAGAUGAGCAAAUACAACAUAUUAUGAAUAAAUAUGGCAUCCCACAGAACACCACAUCGUUCUGCACAUCAAUCUUUUUGGACUUGGUGAAAACACCUACAGGGGCUUUAAUUUGGUCUUUCUUAAAGCCCAUGCUGUUUGGGAGGAUUCUGUAUACACCAGACACCCCUGAAACAAGAGCAAUCAUGGAGAAGUCUAAUGCAACAUUGAAACUGAUGGCUGAAUUAACACAAAAAUCCCAGGAGUGGCUGGACAAUUCACCAUUGCUGAUGAGCUCACUGAAUAUGUUAAAGGAAACUAUUCCAAUAGCAAAGAAUGCACUGCAGAAUCCCUUUGUGCAAGUGUUCAUCAAACUCAUGGUGAAACUAGAUGCUGAUGACCUUCUAAACCAAAUUGAUGAGCUGGAUGAUAUACGUUGGGAACUACAGAAUAAUGCUGACAUCAUAAACCAGCUUAGCGUCUUAGCAGGACUUUCAGUAAAUAUCUCCUCAUGUGUGUUGUUUGAUCGUAUCCGUCCAUUCAAGACUGUAGAGGAGCUGGAAAUGGUGGCAAAAGAUUUCUUUUUGAAGAAUGAACUUCUUGCAAGUAUCAUUUUCAAGCCAUUCUCAGAUGGAAAGAGGGAGGAGACAGAAAUUCCUGGCAACCUUUCCUUUCCACCGCUAGUCAACUACACCAUCCGAAUGAGCAGCAAGAUUUCCCAAACAACCAGAAGAAUACGAGAGAAAAUCUGGACGGUGGGUCCACAUAACUCAGCCUCGCAAAGUCAGAUCUACAGUCGAGCAUUUAUCUACAUCCAGGAUAGCAUUGACAGAGCAAUCAUUGAAUUGCAGACCGGGAAAACCGCAGAAGAAAUCGCAGUACAAGUUCAGGCUACCCCCUACCCCUGCUACAACAAAGACAUGUUCCUAACCAGUGUGACUUACUCCCUUCCAUUCAUGUUGAUGGCUGCUUGGAUACUUUACAUUGCAGCCUUUGUGAAGAAACUCGUUGAAGAAAAAGACCUGAGGCUUUACGAGUAUAUGAAGAUGAUGGGUGUCAAUUCCAGCAGUCACUUCAUCGCCUGGUUCAUUGAAUGUGCCACCUUUCUCCUAAUUACUACCACGUUUCUCAUUGUUAUGCUCAAAGUUGGGAACGUCCUUUCCAACAUAAAUGUUGUGAUACUGUUCCUGUACCUCCUGGACUACAGCUUCUCCAUCAUCGCCAUGUGCUACCUCAUCAGCGUCUUCUUCAACAACACCAACAUUGCUGCCUUGGUGGGCUGUCUCAUCUAUAUCUUGACCUUUUUCCCAUUCAUCGUCCUGCUUGUCGUUGAGAAUCACGUCAGCUUUUCCGUGAAGAGCCUGCUGAGCCUGCUGUCUCCAACUGCGUUCAGCUAUGCAAGCCAGUACAUUGCCCGCUAUGAAGAACAGGGCGUUGGCCUGCAGUGGGAUAAUAUGUAUAAAUCACCUAUGUCUGGAGAUGAGACUAAUUUUGGCUGGAUGUGCUGGUUAAUUCUGAUAGAUUCUUUUAUUUAUUUCAUUCUGGGCUGGUACAUUAGGAAUGUUUUUCCAGGCAAGUAUGGUAUUGCAGCCCCGUGGUAUUUUCCACUCCUUCCAUCUUACUGGGCAGAGCGCUAUGGCUAUUUCCCCUUAUGGAGUGAGAAGAGGAAAAACUUUCUUUUCACCAAUUUCUUCUUGAGAAAAGAGCCAGCAUUCCCUGAAAAGAUAUUUGUUCAAGGUGCUCUGCCUUCUAACCUUGAACCUGAGCCGACCGACCUAAAAGUGGGAGUUUCUCUGUAUGGAAUAACAAAGGUCUAUGGAUCCAAAGCGGCUGUCCAGAAUCUCAACCUGAACUUUUAUGAAGGAAACAUAACUUCUUUGCUGGGACACAAUGGAGCUGGAAAAACUACCACAAUAUCUAUUCUGACCGGCUUGUUCCCUGCUUCAUCUGGCACUAUAUUUGUUUAUGGUAAAGAUAUCAGAACAGACCAGGAUACAAUCAGGAAAAACAUGGGAAUCUGCAUGCAACACAAUGUAUUAUUUAGUUACCUAACCACAAAGGAACACCUGCUUUUAUAUGGCUACAUCAAGGUGCCCCACUGGAGUAAGGAGGAGUUACGCGAGGAAGUAGAAAGGACUUUGAAGGAAACUGGAUUAUACAACCAUCGUCACAAGCUGACCGGCUCUUUAUCAGGAGGAAUGAAAAGAAAGCUAUCAAUAUCCAUUGCUCUCCUUGGGGGGUCAAAAGUGGUGAUUUUGGAUGAGCCAACUACUGGGGUUGAUCCAUGUUCAAGGAGAGGCAUUUGGGAGAUUAUUUCAAAAAACAGAAAAGGCAGAACAAUCAUUCUGUCCACCCAUCACUUGGAUGAGGCAGAGGUAUUGAGUGACAGGAUUGCAUUCUUGGAACACGGUGGGCUCAAGUGCUGUGGGUCCCCAUUCUACCUGAAGGAAACUUUUGGCAGUGGAUACCACCUGACCCUGACUAAAAGAAAGAGUCCAACUCUAAACUUCACAGAAGAAUGUGAUACCUCUGCAGUGACAGCCAUGAUCCAGUCUCAUCUUCCAGAAGCCUAUCUCAAGGAAGACAUUGGGGGCGAGCUUGUAUAUGCACUCCCCCCAUUUAACAGUAAAGUUUCCUCAUCCUACCAGUCUCUCCUGAGAGGUCUGGACAGUGGCUUGAGUGACCUCCAUAUUGGCUGCUUUGGAAUUUCAGACAGCACCGUGGAAGAAGUAUUUCUGAAUUUGACCAAAGACCUGGCAGAAGAUGAACAAGCUGAUGUGGAGCUGUCCCAAGAGGCGGCCAGUUGCAAUCUGGAGACAGACGAUCUCUCCAUGAACGCCGAUAACUUCACUGAGAGAGAUGACCAAGCGCUGGUUAAGCCGAUGAAGUCAAACAGCUUUCCUCUCUUGCUGAGGAAGGCCACAGCUUUGCUGAUUAAGAGGUUCCAUCACACACGCCGCAAUGUGAAAGGCUUUAUUGCCCAGGUCAUCCUUCCUGUGCUCUUUGUGACUGCUGCCAUGGGCCUCGGCACCUUGAGAAGUAAGGUGGCGGAAUAUCCAGCGCUCCACCUCUCCCCAUCCUUGUAUGGUUCCUCCAAGCAGGCGGACUUCUUUGGAAAUUAUAAUGAGACUACUGAUGCUCUGGUUGCUUCGCUGCUUUCUUUUCCUGGAUCAGAUAGCACCUGCGUGAACAAAAGUCAUUUAGCAUGUUUCAAGGAAGACGUGCCUGGAGAGUGGGUGUUCAGUGGAAACCAGAGUGCUCAGUAUUCUGCCUGCAACUGCACAGACACCAGACAGAAAUGUCCAAAAGUUGACUUUUCUCCACCUCACAAGAGGACUUUCUUCUCCCGGACUAUUUACAACCUUACUGGCCAUGAUGUUGAGACAUACCUUCUAGUGACUGCCAAAGACUUUGUGCAGAAGAGGUAUGGUGGUUGGAGUUUUGGACUGCCUUUGACUAAUGACCUGAAGUUUGAUAUAACUCCAGUGCCUGCUAACAGGACAAUAACUAAGGUCUGGUAUAAUCCUGAAGGUUAUCACAGCCUCCCAGCCUACCUUAACAGCUUGAAUAACUUCAUUCUCCGUGCGAACUUGCCAAAAGAAAACUCCUCCGGAUAUGGCAUCUCAGUCGUUGCUCAUCCUUAUCCUGGUGGAGAGAGUCAAGAACAAGCUAUGCUUAGUAGUUUACUGGAUAUCAUAGUCUCCAUGUCCGUCCUGAUUGGCUACUCCAUCACGACAGCCAGCUUUGUGCUUUAUGUAGUCAAGGAGCAUCAAACCAAGGCAAAACAGCUGCAGCAUAUCUCAGGCAUGGGUGUGACAAGCUACUGGGUGACUAACUUCAUUUAUGACCUUGUUUACUUUCUGAUACCUGUUACACUCUCGGUGGGAGUAAUUUCAGCUUUUCGGAUACCAGCUUUCUUCAAUGACAGCAACCUGUUGGCUGUAUUCCUACUUCUUCUCCUUUUUGGAUAUGCAACAUUUCCAUGGAUGUACUUGCUGGCUGGAAUGUUCAAGGAAACAGGAAUGGCCUUUAUAGUUUAUGUCUGCAUCAACUUGUUCUUUGGCAUCAAUACGAUCAUGACUCAUUCAAUUAUGUUUUUACUUUCCCAAGAAAAGGCCACUGAUCAGAGCUUGCAUGACCUUGCUGAAACACUGAGGCAUAUUUAUCUGAUAUUUCCACAAUUCUGUUUCGGAUAUGGAUUGAUCGAACUGUCACAGUAUCAAGCCUUGAUGGGUUUCCUAAAAGCAUAUGGAGUGGAGUACCCUGACAGAACCUUUGAGUUGGACAGGAUAAGUUCCAAGCUGCUUGGGUUGUUUAUCCAGGGGACUAUAUUGUUUUCAAUCCGCCUCUUGGUCGAUGAUGGGACAAUUCAGAAAGUCUGGCAUAAUACAUUAGAAUUCAUGUAUAACAAAGUACAUGGCAAGCCACAAUUCCACCUGGAAGCCAUUGAUGAGGAGGAAGACAAGGAUGUACAAGCAGAAAGAGAGAGAGUCACAUUAGGCUUAGCAGAUUGCGACAUGCUGCAGCUCCAGAAUCUCACCAAAAUCUACCAUCUUCCCCACCGAAGAAUUGUGGCAGUAAAAAAUGUCAGUAUUGGAAUCCCAGCAGGAGAGUGUUUUGGCUUGCUUGGUGUGAAUGGGGCUGGGAAAACCACCAUCUUCAAAAUGCUGACGGGAGACAUUGAACCAUCUUUUGGAAGGCUGCUGGUGCGAGAUAAAACUGGGUCCUUGAAUGAAGUUGAUGAUGCACACUGGUCACUGUUUGGAUACUGUCCUCAAGAGGAUGCCCUGGACGAUUUGCUGACAGUGGAAGAACAUAUGUAUUACUAUGCCCGACUACAUGGCAUCCCAGAGAAACAUAUUAAAGGGAUUGUACUUCAGCUUCUUUAUCGACUUAACCUGAUGCCUUACCAACACAGAAUCACUUCUAUGUGUAGCUAUGGUACCAACAGAAAGUUAUCAACUGCUCUGGCCCUUCUCGGAAAACCCUCGAUUUUACUCCUGGAUGAGCCAAGCUCUGGCAUGGAUCCUAACGCUAAGAGACAUCUCUGGAAAAUCAUCACGGAGGAAGUACAGAACCAAUGUUCAGUGAUACUUACUUCUCACAGCAUGGAAGAAUGUGAGGCUCUCUGCACAAGACUGGCUAUCAUGGUAAAUGGAAGUUUCCAGUGCCUGGGUUCACUGCAGCAUAUAAAGAGCAGAUUUGGAAAAGGUUUCACCGUGAAGAUGCAUUUGAAUAAUAAUUCUGACAGUAUAGAAAAGCUGACAGAAUUUUUGCAAUUGACCUUUCCAAAUACACAUCUGAAGGACCAUCAACUGAAUAUGGUGGAAUAUCAUGUCCCGGUGUCUGCAGGAGGCGUAGCAAACAUAUUUCAAAUGCUGGAAGCAAACAAAGAGGUCUUCAAAAUCAGGCACUUCUCAGUGAGUCAAACAACUCUAGAAGAGGUUUUCAUCAACUUUGCUAAAGAUCAAGGUGACCCGGAUGUUUCGGAUGCAAGUUCAGACAUAACCUCAGAUAGCUCUGACUUAAGCAGCCAAGAUUCUAAUGUAACUGCUCUUUACUAAGGUUUUAUUCUCUCAAGAUAUUUUAGGUAUUCAUUUUGGAAUCCUGAACACUAGAACCCGGGAUGGAAACACCUGUCCUUAUAUCAGAUUGGUCUCUAACUUGUUUCCUCUGCAUUGGCUUCUGUGCUCAUUAUGUAUAGGCACUUUCCUGUGCAUGUUGCCCUGUGUGCUUGGGAACUUCCUUCCUCCAAGUACCAUAUCCGCUAGAUGAAAACAACUCUUCUGCAUUCAGGGUCAUAAGCUAAUGCUUUGCUGUGUACAGGGAUUACGUCAGUAUUGAAUAAAAUUAU